GAGAUGUCGGAGCAGCUGGGGCUGCGCAAGAUGAACGAGAGGCUCAGCGACCCGACCAUUUCCUGUGCCUCCCUGUUUCACCCAUGUUUCCCCAACCUGCCACCCUCGCGCGUUCCCACUCCUUCAAUACCACGCCCCCGCCUUCCUCCUUCCCCUUCUCCUCCCAUGAGCAGGAGAUGUCGGAGCAGCUUGGGCUGCGCAAGAUGAACGAGAGGCUCAGCGACCCGACCAUGGGGGCGGCAUUCGACGGCAUUUUCCCAAAAGACACGCCCAAGAACACGCGCUUCGCUAUUAACUUCUUCACAUCUAUCGGUCUGGGAGGGCUGACAGACAACCUGAGGGAACACCUGAAGAACAUGCCAAAGCUUAUCAUGCAGCAACAGAAGCCUGUUCAGGUGUCCGAGACUUGCGGGGAGCGUAGCGCGGCACUUCUUAAGCGUGGCUAG